AUGAAACUGAUAGUUGAGGUUAUUAAUGCUCAUGAUCUUAUGCCAAAAGAUGGCGAAGGAUCAGCUAGUACCUUUGUUGAAGUAGACUUCGAAAACCAAUUGAGCAGAACAAGAACUGUCCCUAAAAAUCUUAACCCUGCUUGGAAUCAAAAACUCGUCUUUCAUUUAGACACAUCCAAACCUUACCAUCACAAAACUAUUGAGGUUUCUGUCUACAACGAGAGGAGACAACCGAUACCUGGCCGAAACUUCCUUGGAAGAGUCAGAAUUCCUUGCUCAAAUAUCGUUAAAGAAGGCGAUGAAGUGUAUCAGAUUUUGCCGCUGGAAAGUAAGUGGUUUUUUUCAUCUGUUAAGGGUGAGAUUGGCCUAAAAGUUUACAUUGCAUCAGAGUCCAAAGCUGAAGAUUUUUUUACUCCCACUUUCACUUCAGAGCUAGAAAAACUAUCUCCUUCGGAUCCAAAACAGGCUCUAGAAUCCGUUGAUACUAACCUUCUUUCAGCCACAGAAACAUUAGAAGCUGAUCUGAAAGGAGAAGAUCCUGCACUUGAUAUUCCAAAAGUAACAAGAGAAGAAGAAGAAAAAGUAUAUCCUGUUGCUGCAUCCAAUUACUCCAUUGAAGAAGAUCAAUCUAGCAGCAUCGGUAUUGAGAUAGAAAGCAAAGAAGCUUUACAACGUAUAUAUCCGCAACUAGAUAAACAUCAAGUUCACCAGCAACCAAGGAUUUCAAUAAAGAAAAGACCACAAGAUAAUCUAUUCACAAUGCGUUCAGUUGAUCCUCAUCAAGUUCAAUCUAAUCAUGCCGAAAACUAUAAUCACAACAGUGACUCCAACAUGCAACCAAGGAUUUCAAUCAAGAGACGGCCGCGACCACAAGGUACUCCUCCAUCAACAACAUACUCAGUUAAACCACAAGUCCAGCUUGGGUAUGAUGAAAGAUACAAUCUCAAGGGAACCAACCAACAGCCAAGGAUUAUAGUAGAAACACCACGAAAUGUUUCUUCACCCCCAAGGCACCAUGUAGAUCCGCAAGUUCACACUAGCAAUGAUGAAGACUACGAUCUCAAGGAAACCAGUCCACAGAUUGGUGAGAAAUGGCCUAGUAGUGGAAGAAAAUGGAUGAGUGGUGCUGAAAGAUCCACUAGCACACAUGACCUUGUUGAGCAGAUGUUUUACCUCUAUGUCCGUGUUGUGAAAGCAAAGGAUCUUCCACCAGGAACCAUCACCUCAAGCUGUGAUCCUUAUGUGGAAGUGAAGCUAGGGAACUAUAGAGGAAGAACAAAGCAUUUGGAGAAGAAAUUAAAUCCAGAAUGGAACCAAGUAUUCGCUUUCUCCAAAGACCGGAUUCAAUCUUCGGUUCUUGAAGUUUUUGUGAGAGAUAAAGAAAUGAUUGGAAGAGAUGAUUAUCUAGGAAGGGUGAUCUUUGACCUCAAUGAGAUUCCAACAAGAGUUCCACCAGAUAGUCCAUUGGCUCCUCAAUGGUACAGACUCCAACACUUGCGAGGCGAAGGCAUGGCGAGAGGCGAUAUUAUGCUUGCAGUUUGGAUGGGAACACAAGCUGAUGAAGCUUUCUCAGAUGCUUGGCAUUCUGAUGCUGCCACUGUCUAUGGUGAGGGUGUUUUCAACAUCAGAUCAAAGGUUUAUGUCUCUCCAAAACUAUGGUAUCUACGUGUCAAUGUCAUUGAAGCUCAAGAUGUUAUCCCGAAUGACAGAAACCGGUUACCGGAGGUUUCUGUGAAAGCUCAAUUAGGAUGCCAAGUACUGAAGACAAAGAUUUGCUCCACCCGGACAACUACUCCGCUCUGGAAUGAAGAUUUGGUUUUUGUUGCAGCUGAACCAUUUGAGGAGCAAUUGACAAUAACCGUGGAGGAUCAUGUGCAACCUUCAAAAGAUGAGGUACUAGGGAAGAUAAACUUACCAUUGAACCUAUUUGAUAAGAGGCUAGACCAUAGAACGGUUAACUCUCGUUGGUUUAACCUCGAGAAAUAUGGUUUUGGAGUCUUAGAAGGUGAUAGAAGAAAUGAUCUUAAAUUUUCGAGCAGGAUUCACCUUAGAGUUUGCCUUGAAGGCGGAUACCAUGUCUUAGAUGAAUCCACAUUGUACAUAAGUGAUCAAAGACCAACAGCAAGGCAGCUAUGGAAGCAGCCUAUCGGAAUACUCGAGAUAGGCGUCUUAGGAGCAAAAGGGCUUCUCCCUAUGAAGAUGAAGGAUGGACAUGGUAGCACAGAUGCAUACUGUGUUGCCAAAUAUGGUCAGAAAUGGAUCAGAACUAGAACACUUUUAGACACUUUCAAUCCAAAAUGGAAUGAACAAUACACAUGGGAGGUUUAUGAUCCUUGCACUGUCAUAACAUUAGGUGUUUUUGACAAUUGCCAUUUAGGUGAAAAAGCUCCUAGUGGAAGUUCAAUCAAAGACUCAAGAAUCGGAAAGGUAAGGAUCAGGCUUUCAACACUUGAAGCAAAUAAAAUUUACACCAAUUCUUUUCCACUACUUGUUUUACACCAACACGGAGUUAAGAAAAUGGGCGAGCUUCAACUUGCAGUGAGGUUCACUGCACUUUCACUAGCUAACAUUUUUCAUAUCUAUGGCCAACCUUUGCUUCCAAAGAUGCAUUACUUACAACCUUUCACGGUCAACCAAAUCGAUAACUUAAGGUACCAAGCAACGAAUAUUGUAGCCACGAGGCUCGGUAGAGCUGAACCGCCUCUCAGAAAGGAAGUAGUUGAGUACAUGUUAGACGUUGAUUCCAACAUAUGGAGCAUGAGAAGAAGCAAAGCUAACUUCUUUCGCGUGAUGUCGCUUUUCUCCAGCUUGAUCACAAUUGGAAGAUGGUUAAACGAUGUCUGUCAUUGGAAGAAUCACAUCACAUCAAUACUAGUCCAUAUCCUGUUUUUGAUACUCACAUGGUAUCCAGAACUGAUACUCCCAACUUUUUUUCUCUACAUGUUCUUGAUUGGCUUAUGGAACUAUCGGUUUCGGCCUAGACAACCGCCUCACAUGGAUACUAAACUCUCAUGGGCUGAAUCUGUUCACCCUGAUGAACUUGAUGAAGAGUUCGACACAUUUCCAACAUCAAGAUCACACGAUACCGUGAGAAUGAGGUACGAUAGGCUUAGAACGGUUGCAGGUAGGAUUCAAACAGUUGUUGGUGACAUAGCUACACAAGGAGAGAGAUUUAUGUCUCUCCUGAGCUGGAGAGACCCCAGAGGAACUACACUCUUUGUGCUGUUUAGUCUUUGUGCAGCUGUGAUUUUCUAUGCAACACCAUUUAGAGUUGUGGUCUUGGUGACAGGUUUGUAUCAUUUGAGACACCCAAAGUUUAGGAACAAACUGCCUUCUGUCCCAAGUAAUUUCUUCAAGAGGCUUCCUGCAAGAACAGAUAGUUUACUGUGA